CUAUUAGUUGCUUGUCUUCUCCUGGUUAGCGGAGGACGUCUACGAAAUGAAUCGACUACUGCUAACGUUUGGGCUCGUCUGCUUACUGCAGGGACUCUCUGCUGAGCCGAGACCAGAGUUUGCGUUGACCGGCACCGUUCCAGCAAGCGUCCGCAUUACGGCGGUGAAAACCGAAGCGAAUGUCACUGCGACUGCCAUCAAGGCGCUUAACGUGGCCACAGUAAACUCCGCAUAUCCAGGGCUGAUCGGCACAAAGACUCAGAUUGAAAAAGUCAUCACCGAGUUCGAUACAAAGGCUCAGUCCAUCCUUGCCGCCUACGAUACGCUGCUGGCUGCUAACGAUGGCAACGUCUCUGGACAGUUCGACGCCUUCGUCAUCACCAUCAAUGCAACGAUAACUUAUAUCGCGACCGACGCCAGCAACGUUACGGCCGAGCUGGGCGUGUUCAACUACACUGGCAUCUCGGAUGAGCUGACGGACGCGUUCGAGCGCAUCCUUACCGGUUUGAUCGAUCUGAGAGCGAAGACCGCCACCGUCCAGACGGGUAUUCAGGCCGCAGUUAACAGUGCAGGAUCGGCGACAGUCAGUGCGGACAUUCUUCGCCAGUUCGUGCCACUGCGCACCAUGUACGAUCUGCUGCGCGCGGCCAGCAACCUGCGUUCCUAUCUGCCGCUGGUGCAGUACAUUCUGACCACCACGAUCGAGAACAUCGCGGAAGCGGACAAGUACUUGAUGGAACUGGAGACCCUUCUGUCGACGGGUGUGUCGACGGAAUCUGGCAAGUACGCAGACGAUAUUCAAAGGAUUGCGAACGAAACUAUUACCCAACUGGUAGGCGAUUUUGCCGAGGAGAACAUGAGUGCUCAAGCAGCUUACAAUGAGAUUCCAUCGUUGACGAAUAUUGGGACUGCCCCAUCGUUCUCCAGGCUGAACUCGGCAGCCAACAGGCUGAGAGCAUUGCUCAUCCCCAUGGUAUUGAGUCCACGAACGAGCGGGACGGAGUUAAUAUUUGCCAGGAUUAGCAGAUUAUUGACCUCGCGUAUUGCUACACUGCAAGCUGGUUUUAGAGUGCUUGACUUUCCACUCUUCAAGCAGCUAGUGGACACGCUGAUGGGCAAUGACGAGUACGGUCGCUACUGUUUCCAGAAGUACAAGGAGCUGGGUAAGGGAAUUUUCGGACAGUCUUUCGAUACGGCUUGGCAGUGUGUGGACAACGAGUACGAGCGUCUCGAAUACUUGAAGACCACUCUCGGGUUAAUGGUCGACCUGCUGGCUUUUGAUUACGAGGAUGUGAUAGAUCAAGUAAAAGUAUGUAACACACUCACCAAUGGGGAUCUGAACAAUUGUGUCUCAGCGCUCGCCAACUUCUAUACGAAUCUGUUUCCCCAAACUGCCAAUAAGAUUUCCGCCAUCUAUGAACUCGCCGCAGUUGAGGCCCAAGCUAGCGAGAACCGUAUCCUUAUAUGUAUCGAGCUAGUUUACAUACAAGGCACUGUCAUUGAGCCGCAGAAGAUCUCCGACAAUCUGGCAAUCUGUAGCCGAGACGGCCCUAAGGGUUUGGAUUAAGUGAAGCCCAGAGAAAGAAAAAAAA